AUGGGCUCUCGGUCCCGCGACGUUCCGGACGAGGAGCUCUUCCUGAGCCGCCCGAGGCCGGAUACCGAGGACUGCGACAGCCCGACCGUUGAACCGCUGAGAAUAUUCAAGCCCCAAAGUCCAGCAGGCGACAAGACAUCGAAUCGGCCUAGAUACCCCGCCCCGCCGUCAUCGUCAUCUUCGGCAGCGGCGUCAUCGACAUCGGCGCCCAAGCCGAGCAUCGCAUCUCUCCCGCCGUUGCCGUCCUUCCCGUUCGGCGCCUCGAGCUCCGCCGCGCCCCUGCCCUACCCCGACGAUGACGACCGCAAGGCCAAGCCGCAGCCAAAGCCCAGCCGCCUUCCUUACCCCGACGACGAGCCCAGAUUGUCUUCCCCCGCAGGCAGGGUCUACAGUCCCCCGCCCGCAUCCACGAGCUCGGGCUCAGGGUCUCCAGCGCAGAAGGACUCGUUGCCGCGUCCAACAGUGAGCACGGGCGACAGGAAGAGCGGCCUUGCUGAAAGACGUGGAGCGGUGCCGAAACCCUUGAGCCCAACCAGCCCGGCCGAGGACGAGGAGGGCGGCCUCUUCGCCAAGCCCCUGAGGAACCCCGUGGCGCCUGCGCCCAAGAUAUCCAACGCCUACCAGCAGAAGCCUUACUACCCCCCUCCCGGUCAAAAUCAGGGAGUAAAUAUCGGCCGCUAUGAUUCAACUGCGUCAAACUCGACCACCCGGGCUAGCCGUGGGUCGCCGCCGCCGCCCGAGACACCCAUCGUCGAGCCGGGCGCCAUUCCCGGAGGAGGCAUCGAAGCGCGGUAUGCGGCGACUGGUAUCUCGGGCACGGCGACUCUCAACAGCCUCCAGGUCCCGAGUGCCGCCGCCCAAUCGCGACUAGCACAGUACGGUAACCAGGCGCCUCCGGCCCAACCCCAGCAGCAGCAGCGUCCAUGGACACCCACUGAGGCACCGGGCCAGCAGCCAUUCGGGCCCCCUACUGUGUACCAGGGCGCCGACGUGGUAUCGAAUCCGUCACCUCCACAGCAGACACCGGCUUUCAACCUUCCUCAGAACCCCACCCCAGCUACACAAGUGCCAGCAGGAGCCAACCUGCAGGUGAGCGUGCUGGAGCAGGACUUCGCGCGCAUGCAGGCCUCCACACCUCCGCCGGCUUACACCAGCGUCAACCCAAGCGCGAGUUCGCAGUACCCGGCUGAGAAGCAACGACCGGCACAAGCGAGCUCGAGCUCUGCGAACGGCGCUCCUGCCGUGCCUUCGGCUUCUGCCAACUCCAACGCUCGGCCGGGUUCCGGUCCUUCCACUGUUGCCUCUCCGACACCUCAGAAACAGAACCCAGCCACCACCGCUGCUGCAACCAUUCCUGCACAUGUUGCGGGCCAUCCUGCCUUUGCCAACGAGAGCAACUUAAACCCAGCGGCGGCUCAGAACGGGCAGCCGGCGCUGACACAUACUCCUUCGCUCAUGGCCGCCGCCCAGUCGCCGCCGCCGCUCCCCGAGGGCUGGAUUGCACACCUCGACCAGAACUCGGGGCAAGGACCCACCCCUCUAAACCACCACGAUGUUGCCCCCUUAUCGCCCACAGCGUCGACCUACGGCAAUCCCCUGGGCUCGCCACUUCUGGGCGGAGGAAAGGCAGGUCUUGCCUCGCCCAUGUUCCACCCACAGGGCCAUCCAGGCUAUGCCGAGAGCAUCAUGAGCGUCACGACGUCUGUGGCCCCCACGACGGGCUUCACCGGCCCGCCUCCCUCUGCGGGUGUUGAUGUGUACAAGGUCAUGCCCACCAACGGUGUGUACUUUGGGCCGUACCUGCGCUAUGUGAACAUGGACCUGGAACGGGGCAUCUGGCUGGGCAGCAUCAUGCUGGUUACUGACGCGCCGCAACCUCCGACCAUCCACAUCCACUUGAGCGUCGACCUGUCUCCCAACCCGCGCCAGCUCAUCCCGCAGAACAUCUACACGCACCAGAGGUGGGUCUUCUACAAGUACGAUGUAGACCUCCAGAUGUCGGACCACGGCACGGAGCGGUGGACGUACGCCGUGACAUCGCACCUCGGGUGCACGCGCUACGAGUUUGUCGUGGCCGGCCGCUACGAGACGGGCUGGCGCAUGAUUGCGCACUCGGGCAACGACUUCGCGCCGUCGACGAACCAGAACGAGCGGGCCAAGCUCGGAGGCGUCGGGUUCAUGUGGAAGGACAUCCUGCAGAAGAACGUCGACUGCGGCGGCUUCCACGUCCAGCUGGGCCUCGGCGCCCAGAUCUAUGGCGAUCGGUUGUGGAAGGAGGUUCCGCUGCUCAGGCAGUGGCUGUCGAUGCAGGGCAGGGAGAACCGCAAGAAUGCCCCCUGGACCGCGAGGCAUCAGGAGGACGUGUUGCACGCGUACUUCCACUACUACACCAGCCACUUCGACCAGCCGUUCAUGCGGGAGGCGUUUGCGCAGAUCCCGCACGUCUUGCAGAUUGACGACCAUGAUAUCUUCGACGGCUUCGGCUCCUACCCCGACUACAUGCAGUCGUCGGCCGUCUUCAAGGGCAUCGGCCGCAUCGCCAUCGAAAUGUACCUGCUCUUCCAGCACCACACGACGGUAGAGAUCCUGCGCAACGUCAGCUCUGACAUGGACCUAUUCACUAUCACCGGUGCCGGGUGGCACUUCAUCAAGUAUCUCGGCCCCGCCGUCGUCGUUGUCGGCCCAGACUGCCGGUCAGAGCGCACGCAUAACCGGGUCAUGGCCGGCCCGACGUACCAGGGCAUCUUCCCCAAGGUCGCGACGCUGCCGCCGAGCGUGCAGCACUGCAUUUGGAUGAUCUCGGUGCCCGUCGUGUAUCCGCGCCUGGAGACGGUCGAGACGCUGGCCAACACGUUCGCCACGGGCAAGAAGGCGGUCAACACGACGUACAACAUCCUCGGCAAGGUCACCAGCUCGGUGGCAGGUGUGGUGGGCGGCAAGGAGGUGGUGGCGCAGGGCUUCAAGGAGGUCAAGAAGGCCGUGGGCAAGUCCGGGCUGAUGGGCAACGUUCUCAACCAGUUCGGCGAGAUAGACAUCGGCGAGGAGCUCAAAGACCUGUGGACGCACGAGUCUAAGGACCUGGAGAGGACAUACCUAAUCCGCACGCUGCAGGGCAUCGCUCAGCAAAAGGGCAUCCGGAUGACCUUCCUAUCUGGCGACGUAAACUGCUGCGGCGCAGGUCUCGUCCACGACCCCUCCCAUCCGUCCGACCACAAGACCAUGUACCAGAUCAUCGCCUCGCCCGUCGUGGCCGCACCGUGCGGUAGCUACCUGCUCAAGAUGCUGCACAACAACAAGCUCCUCUACGUGCCACAGAACGGCCACAAGUCGACCCACGAGGUGUCCGACACCAAGGAGGACAUGAUGGAGAUCUUCCACACCGACGCGACGGGCGCGGCGCGCGAGCACAAGAAGCUCAUGGCCCGCCGCAACUACGUCGCCAUUGUCGCGUACGACCCGGACGCCAUUGCGAAUGGAGCAGGUGUUCCUCAGGCUGCUCAGCAGGUUCAGGGGUAUGCGGCGAGCGUGGCGAGCGGGAAUUCGGGCGGCUUGAGCAAGCUAAGCUUGGCGGUGGACUUUGUCGUGCAGGGCGACGGGGCAUACCAGGCUACGACCAAGUACGGCCCGGUGAUCGUGCCACAUCUGGAGUUUGGGCAUUGA